AUGAAUAUCCUUGGUGGCAGUGAAGAGCUGAAGCGGGGAGGGCCCUCUUUGAGGCAGAAGCUUUUGGACUUCCCUGAGAAGGAGAAUGAAAAGCUGGCUGAGGCCGAGAUCAGGAGACUGCAGAAACAGUUUUGGAUAGCAGUGGAGAAGAGGAAAUCCUACGGUGCCAACAUGAGGCAGCAAACGCAGGCUCAGGAAAAAGAAAUAAAGUUGCUGACACAAAAACAUGAAGACGUGUCAUUAAUGCUGAGACAGAUCACGUCCCUGAGAAAUGCAAUGCUGGAUGACAGAAGUUGUACAGAGCUCCAAUGCCUUUUGCAGACCAAACAUCAGUAUGAUUCUCUGAUUAGAGACAGAAAAGCCCUGUUAGCUGACAUGGACAACCAGAUACUAGAGCUGGAAAAAAAGAUUAUGAGGCAAAACCAGGUAGCAGUGAAUGUGAAGCAAGCGAACUGUAGCAAACGGCUGCAGAAGCAGAUUGAGAGACUGGAGAUGCGCCUAAACAAUGUCACUAUCCAUUUCGAUACCAUCCUGACCAGAAAUAACAAGCUCCGAGAAGAGAUUGAAAACCUGCGAAUCCAGAAAGCCACUUUGGACAACUUCUACUUGAAACUCCAUAAGAAGCUGGAUCAGCAGAGGAGAAGGAUGAAUACUGCCAUUGAGCAAUCCGCACAAGCCUAUGAGCAGCGGAUGGAGGCUCUGGCAAGGAUUUCAGCCAUGAAUGAAAGGCACAGCAAAGACACUGUCCAGUACAAUGUUGAGCUGCAGGAGCGGGAGCGUGUCCUUGACCAGGAGACCAAACUGAAAACCUUCAUGCUUGCCAAAUUUACAGAUCGCUCUGAAUUGGAGGAACAGGCCAAAAAGAAAAAAGCCUUGAAGGCAGCCCAGCGGGCGAAGCAGCGCCAAGGGGAGAGCUUUGAGAGCCAGGAAGUGGCUUACAAGCGCCUGCUGGAGCUGGCGGAGGAUGGGGACAUCGACCGGCUGCUGAAUGACUUCAUUGAAAAAGAGGAGAAGAACUUCGCCUGCUUCAGCUACGUCACUGAGCUGAACAAUGAGAUGGAGAGCAUGCAGCAGAGGAUCAAGGACCUCCAGAAUGAAAUUUCAGCCCUCGUGACGGACCAGGAGUAUGCAGAGAGCAGCCGCCUUCAUGUCCUGCAGGAGCUGGAGGAAAAACUAAUGAAAACCACUGAGGAAGCCAACUUGUAUGAAGACAGAUGCAAAGAGAGCAACAAAGUCCUGGGCCAGCUCAAAUCUGGCAUGGAAGCCCUGUUGAAAGAAAUCAACUGUGAUACUGUGAUGAUAAUGAAGCAGCUUGGAGAAAACAAGCAGAUCACAGAUCUGAACCUGAUGCAGUUUUUCGGUCUCGUGGAGAAGAAGACCAACGAACUCCUGCUGAUGGAGUCCAUCCUGCGCUACACAUCAGCUGACGGCUCGCACCCAGCCCAGCCCUUCGCCAACCCGCUGCUGGGCGGCACCGAGCUCCUCCGGGUGAUGGACCGGACCCAGCUCUGCCCACCGACCCCCACCCUGGACAGCACCGCUGACACCUUGGAGGUGCCACUGGACCAUGGCCAGCUGCGCCAGCUGAUUCUACAGAGCCACGAGAGAGAGGGCAACGCCGCCAGCACGGGCAAGAAGGGGAGGAACAGCAUCAAGGUGUGAGAGCCCA